AUGAAAAGUACUAAACAACCUCGGCCUUUGCGUAAAAAUUACAAUCAGCUGUCGUCGAACGAGAAACUAGACAACAGACAGACUGAGGACAUUCACAUCGAGGAAGCUGAAAUAGAUUCAGACGCCAGCAGUACUGACUUGGAUGAACGCGAUACUCGCGGAGUGUGCCCCCCUUGUGCGCAUGACCGCUACAAUAACAACAUUCGCCGACACGUCCAUGAUGACUUUAGCGAUGAUACAGAUUAUGAUGAAGCGCUGACGUGCAACGUGUGCGACCGCUCGUUCCCCACUCGGAGGCAGCUCGCGGACCACCAGCAAAAGAAACGGCAUUUCGGCUGCAGCGCCUGCGACAGCCUAUUUCCAUCGCUGAUGGCCCUGGAGCACCACAAGGAGGAGUUCCAGCACUGGAGCGACUCCUCCUACUGCUCGCACUCGGACUCCGACGACAGCGACUUGGACACCUGCCACGAAGACAGGCAUCGGCUGCUCUAAUGCCACCAUCUCAUUAUUGCCGGGGAUAGACCUACCAAGCUGGGGACUUUUGUGUGAAUCUGAAGUUGGUUUCCGAAAUGUUUAGC